AUGGCUGACAACAAAGCGAAGUCUACCAAACCUGUGAAUAAGACUCCUCCAAAGUCUCCAUCAGAUCCAGCAAAGGACCGAGCAGCAAAACGACUGUCCUAUGAUUCAAACAGCUCCCAUGAAGGAGCUAUGGCAGGAGAAAUAAGUGCUCUGGAAGAGGCCUUUAGGAAAUUUGCCAUCCAUGGUGAUACAAGAGCCACGGGAAAAGAAAUGCAUGGGAAGAACUGGUCAAAGCUAUGUAAAGACUGUCAUGUGAUAGAUGGGAAGAAUGUGACAAUCACAGACGUUGACAUUGUCUUCAGUAAAAUCAAGUAA